AUGCUGAGUGUAUCUGCAAUAGUAAAGGAUUUGGCCGGUGACUUGGUCGCUGGCCAGUUAGACAUGACAACAACACAAACGGCCAAAAUAAGUUCAAUGUUCGUUCGUUCCACAGAGGGGGAGGAGAAUGCUGUUCGUGAUUUGCGUGAAAGUUGGAUAUUCACACGGGGUGAAUCCGUUCAAAUGGAGAAGACCAAUUUUUGGAAAAUACCAUGGCUGUUACGCUCCAAACUCCAUUGGAUAUACUAUAUUGCCUCAGCAGCCAUAUUCAUAACUCUGACCGUCUUUGUUUAUAGGUACAUCAAUAAUUAUUAUGCUGUAACGGAGAUAAUAUACAACUAUCCACUUGACAUAGAUUUACACCAAAUCUAUGAGAAAUUGGAUCCAACUGCAAUCCGAAUAUCUCCAUGUGAGAUUAAUCCGGCAAAUUUUAGACUGAUUCAUGACCCAAAGUCUUUUUGCAAAACUGUCCAUCCAUUCCUUCCGAAAUACAAGGACAUUCAUGGACAUCCUGACUUACUGAUCAUCGUCAAAUCAUCACCCGAAUCCUUCGAUCAACGAAACGCAAUUCGUCAAACGUGGGCAAAUGCAACAUGUGUCUCAUAUCUGGACACCUCUACUCGCACUGUGUUCGCGCUCGGUUCGACUGCGCGCCCUCAAACGAGCUUGAUCGAACGCCUACGAUGGGAGCACGACACAUUUGGCGAUCUGUUGCAAUUUGACUUUGUCGAUUCCUAUCACAACAAUACUUACAAAAUGAUGUCUGUUUUGAGGCACAUCUCACGGAAUUGCAGAGCUACUCGUUUUGUCGUCCUCGUAGAUGACGAUUUUCUCGUACAUCCGAGUAAUUUGAUUCGCGCGAUUCAGCGCAUUACAACAACGCAAUAUCCAACAUAUGUAUCGGGUGCAGUUUUCUCAGUACAGCGGCCAGAUCGUCGACCGUGGAGUGAAUCUUACGUACCCUACAGCGUAUAUCCUUACUUGUUGUAUCUUCCUUACCCGGCUGGGGGAACAGUGAUUUUAAGUAUGCCAGUUGUGCGACUGCUGGCAGUUGGAAUGCGAUUUGUGAAAUUCUUGUGGAUAGACGACGUGUUUUUGGGUAUUGUUCUGCACAAACUUGGAAUUAGUCCACAGAGACUACGUGGUGUUUAUGUUCAACGAUCACCUUCCGAUUCCGAGCUGUCCGGUGUGAUUUCCAUGCACGGAUUUAGCAGUGCACAAAAGAUGCGGAAAGGGUGGGACAAGCUGAUGCGAGUUAAUGCCUGCUCGCAACUCGAUCGGAAAGCUAAAGGAACAUUCUGA